AGGGCCCUGGAGGGCGGUGCGAGGGCGGCGAGCUGCCAAGCAGCAGCGGGGCCCGCCUACGCUCGCCCCCGGCCGGCCAGAGGACGCUGCUCGGACUGCUCCCGGAGGACCCGGCCCGGGUGGAGGCGCCGCCGCUGCAGCUCCCAGCGCCGGCCAUGAGUGAGAACCAGCUGCAGCAAUGCCAGCAGGCGGCUGAGGAGGUGACAGAAAUCAUGCUACAGAACUACACCAGGGUACUGGACCGUGAGGGCAAGCUUAGCGAGCUGGAUGACAGGGCUGAUGAGCUUCUUAAACAGAGUUGUACUUUCACCAGGACAACUAAGACUCUGGCCCAGAAGAAACGCUGGGAGAACGUGAAGUUCAAGAUCAUCCUGGUGGCAGUGGUUGUGGGGAUUAUCCUGCUCAUCGUCUCAGCCAUUCUCUACUUCACUCUCUCUGGAUCUGGGAACCAGGAGGCUCCAGCACAGAUCAGCGCUGGGGGUGACUGAUCUGCCCACACUCCAGAACUGCC